CAGCCCGCGGCCAUACUGCGGGUUGUAUGAUAUACAGAGUAUGUCGAUGCAGAUCUACCGGCAUUGCUAAGGGUCUGGGAUUGAGCAUCGAGUGGGGUGUGGAGUGAAGCAGCGGCACCAUAUUGCCUCUUGUGACGAAAAAAAAUCACGAGAGGCAAAAUGGUGCUGCUGACAUGGCUGAUCGCUCCACUCCACCUGGCAUGUCAACUUCCCCAUACAUAUCCCGACACGCACUCUCCUGUGCAACCGUUCAGGAACUUGCGGUUCCCAAUCCGCUAUAUUGGGAUCUGCCUCGUCAUGCGCCGGUAGAAUAGAGUGCGGGGGCACAUGAAGGGAAGCGUCUUUUUUUCUAUCUAGAAUCUCGGGCCUUCUCUGUCUGUCUCGGGGGCACGUCAUAAUAUAAGUUGCCGCCAUCCCCAUUCUUGUCGUCUUAAUUCUUCAUUCCCCUCUCCUCAUCACCGGGCACAACAGCAACAGACAAUGCGUUCCAACUCCCUCCUACCCCUCGGGCUCGCCCCCGCCAACGCCCUCGGCGCCAUCCUGUACGCCACCCACUACAGCGGCACGCUCUCGGUGCUUUCCCUGUCUGGCAGCUCUCUGACCGUCGUAUCGAGCGAGAAGAACUGCGGCCCUUCCCCUAGCUGGGUCACUUUCGAUUCGGUGAACCAGGUCCUCUACUGCGUCAACGAGCUGAACUCAGGCGGCUCGGUCAACGCCUUCAACGCAGAUGCGGAAGGCGCACUGACGGCCAUCGCAAGCGCGAAGCUUCUCGGGAACCCGGUGCAUAGCGCCCUCUAUGGAGGCGAGGAUGGGAUUUCCUUCCAGGCAUUUGCGCAUUACUCAGGCUCCCUAAUCUCAACCAUUGCCCUCCCCAUUACCAACGACUCCAAAACCCUCCAAACAUUCUCCUACACCAUGGACGGUCCCGGCCCCGACCCCAGCCGCCAAGAAGCUCCGCACCCGCACAUGGCGGCGGUUGACCCCACUGGCGGAUUCAUCAUCGUUCCUGACCUGGGGGCGGAUAUCCUGCGCGUCUACUCCGUUGAUAAGCCCACCGGCUUCCUCACGUCUUGCGCCAACGUCACCGCGGCCCCUGGUAGCGGGCCGAGACAUGCUGCGUUCUGGGAAGGCGCAGGCGGGACCAUGAUGUACCUGGCAAAUGAACUGGGCAAUGACGUGACCGUAUACUCGGUCGCGUACCCGACGAAAGAGGGGCAGUGUCUGAGUCUAUUUUCGAUCCAGACGGAUACGCCUUAUCCGGCUGAUCAGGCUGUGAAGAACGGCCAGAAGAUUGGGGAAGUUCGCGUGUCGGGCAACUACGUUACUGUCUCCAACCGCGCCGAUCAAUCCUUUGGUACCAACAACGACUCCAUCGCUGUCUUCCCCAUCGACGCCUCUGGCGCGAUCUCCACACCGGUCAUGUCCCCGACCUACGGCUCUUAUCCGCGCACCAUGCAGAUUAACGCAGCGGGUGACCUCGUCGCGAUCGGGAACCAGAACUCCGGCACGGUGGUCGUGGUGAGCAGGAAUCCCGCGACGGGCGCGUUAGGCAAUGAAGUUGCGAGCGUGAGUGUCGGACCGCAGGGUUUUAAUGGAAAUGGCGGGUUGAGUAGCGUAGUAUGGGCAGAGUAGGAUACAACGUAUAAUACAUACAUAUAGCUAUAUAUUUACUACAUAUUCCUCUACUCCUAACAGC